CUCCCUUCCCGGUCGCAGCCUCUCAGUCCCGAACCGUGGGCAUCUCACGUCUAGCCUGGAGCCGAGGGUGUCGGGCGCACGCAGACCUGCCGGCUUAGCGUGGCCGCCUUCCCAGCCGCUCUCCGGCGCUGCUGAGCUUAAAUCUGACCCCGGGACCCGCCUGGUGAGGUCGGGCCUCGCGACGCCACCGCCAGAGUUGGAAAGCGAAACCGCUCGGCUCCGCAAACGGCACCGCCCGCGUCCGCCCCUAAGUUUCGAUUCUCCGCGAAGCGGUGUCCCGCGCUGCGGCCAGAGCAGCGGCAGCCAUAGCGCGCCAUGGCAGACCCCGGGGUAUGCUGCUUCAUCACCAAGAUCCUGUGCGCCCACGGGGGCCGCAUGACCCUGGAGGGACUGCUGGCCGAGAUCGCGCUCCCCGAGGCGCAGCUCUGUGAGCUGCUGGAGGCGGCGGGGCCCGAUCGCUUCGUGCUGCUGGAUAUCGUAGGCCAGACCGGGAUCACUCGGUCGGUGGUGGCCACCACCCGAGCCCGCGUCUGCCGUCGCAAGUACUGCGAGAGACCCUGUGACAGCCUGCACCUCUGCAAGCUCAACCUGCUGGGCCGGUGCCACUAUUCACACGCUCAGCGGAACCUUUGCAAAUACUCUCACAAUGUUCUCUCGGAACAGAACUUCCAGGUCUUGAAGAAUCAUGAGCUCUCUGGCCUUAACCAAGAGGAGCUGGCUGUGCUUCUGGUCCAGAGCGACCCUUUCUUCUUGCCUGAGAUAUGCAAAAGUUACAAAGGAGAGGGCCGGAAACAGAUAUGCGGGCAGCCACAACCGUGCGAGAGACUCCACAUCUGCGAGCACUUCACCCGGGGGAACUGCAGUUACCUCAACUGCCUCAGGUCUCACAACCUGAUGGACAGAAGGGCUCUGGCCAUCAUGAAGGAGCACGGGCUGAGCUCUGACGUGGUCCAGAACAUCCAGGACAUCUGCAACAACAAGCACUCUCGGAGGAACCCCCCUGCCAUAAGAGCUCUCCAACCACAUCGCAGAGGCAGGGCCAGAGGUAGAAGCAAAAGCAGAGACCGGUUCUUUCAGAACAGUCUAGAAUUUCUCCCAACUGUCUCACCUGCGGAGUCUGGUCCACCUAGCCCAGAUGCCGCCAGCUGUAAGGAUUCCCUGGAGGACGUGUCUGCAGAUGUCAUUCAGAAGUUUAAGUACCUGGGGACUGAAGACUGUGCCCAGUUUUCCUCAGUUUCCCCUAAGGCUGCAAGUCUCCAGGGAGCCAGUCAGAUGGGAGCCAGCCUGAAGUUUUCAGAGAAUGGGGACCCAACUGGCCUAUUUUCUAGGAGUCGUUCUGAUUCAUUCUCAAAUCAAGCCGCCAGCGGCUUUCAUCUCGAUGUGACACAAACACUUGAAGCCUUCGCUAUGAAAACAGAUACGUCUUCUGAGUACCGCACGGGCGUCAAGAGCAAGACUGGAACCCACGACAUCCAGCACGCCCCCUUUUUUGAUAGCUAUGCCAGUGGAGUGACUAUGGAAGGAACAGGCUCAGGAAUUCUAGGUAACAGGGCCAUAGGCAAUGGGCUUGGAGAAAUGAUAUUACCUAGCAACCAUUGGAAAAGUGCAGCUAACCCUCAGGGUCCCAAGACCGCCGACAGCGGCCAAGACAUGUCAUUCCCGAGUGGUAAAUAUGGAGGAAACACAGUCUGGGCUAGUAAGUCUAGCCAUAGUGAACUGAAUGGCUCUACUCAAAUUAUGAACGAAACUCCUGAUAUCUUCAAAAGUAGUGCCACUGGCUUUGGUGUAAAAGCACCAGUCACGGGAAGAAAAGAAGCUGUGUGCUCUGGAGGUCAGGGCCUGGGAACCCAGGUCCUGGCUAUGCCCGAGGAGGUCACUGCCACUGUGCAAGCCAGCAGGCUGCCUCAGUCACUUCCACCUUCCUCAAACCACAGAGCGGCAGCCUCUGGGACCCUUGGUGAGAACUCCGCACGUGCCUCUCUGAGCCCAGCUUGUGAGCCCUCGAGGAGGACCUCAGACUCCGAGUAUCCCCUGGGUUCCAUCAUAAACUCUGCAUCCCCUAGGAUGGAUGCUCACGGACCAAAGGAAAUCUGUCAGGACCACCUGUAUAAGGGCUGCCAACAGAGCAACUGCAGCAAGAGCCACUUCUAUCUGCCCUACCGGUGGCAAGUGUUCAUAAAUAAUUCUUGGAUUGACUUCCAGGCCACAGAGGAUAUCGAGCGAGCCUACUGUGAUCCCCAAACUGAAAUUGUUAAGAUAGAAAAAUUUCACAUCAAUUUCCAGAAAAUGACUUGUGACUCUUACCCAGUCCGACGCCUCUCCACGCCGUCAUUUGUCGAACACUCAGCUGAUUCUGUCUUCAGCACCAUAUGGCUUUGGUACUGGAAGAAUGAAUUUGGCAAGUUUAUACAGUAUGGGGAUGAGAAAAAAGGCCAGCCCAGUUCCAAUGUCAACUCUCCGUACCUAGAAUCCUUCUUCCAGUCCUGUCCUAGGGGAGUUGUGCCGUUUCAGGCCGGUGCACGAGACUACGAAUUGAGCUUCCAAGGGAUGAUUCAGACAAACAUAGCUUCCAAGACUCAAAGGCAGGUAGUCAGAAGGCCCGUGUUCGUUUCGUGGAAGGAUGUGGAACAGAGGAGGAGAGGUGCAGACCAGCAGCCGGUGAUGCCCGUGGUAGAGGCUCUGACCCUGGAUUCUCCUCCCCAGAGGGAUACUAGCACAUUUCCUUCUAACAGAUAUGAGUUGGUAGCACUCAAUAGCCAGGAUGAGGAGUAUGUCAAAAUAAGUGAACUCUUUAAAGCAUCCAUGAAAUAUUUCAAGGUUAAAACGAUAAAAAGGAUAUGGAAUCAAAGCCUCUGGGAAUCUUUUGAAAGGAAAAAGCUGGUGAUGAGGAGUAACAGUGAGAUGCUGCUGUUUCAUGCAACGUGCCGUGUUCAUGUGGAUUACAUCUGUAAGAAUAAUUUCGAGUGGAUCCUAAAUGGAAGCCGGGAGACCAGAUACGGAAAAGGAAAUUACUUUGCAAAAGAAGCCAUAUAUUCCCACAAGAAUUGUCCAUACGAGGCCAAAAACAUUGUUAUGUUUGUCGCCCGAGUCCUGGCUGGAAAUUCCAUUGAAGGAAAUAUGACAUACAGUAGGGCUCCUGCCCUCUAUGACAGCUGUGUGGAUAGCAGGUUGAAUCCCUCCGUCUUUGUCAUCUUCCAGAAAGAGCAGAUUUACCCAGCAUAUGUGAUUGAGUACACGGAGCUAGAAAAAGAGAAAGCUUGCACAAUCAGUUAGAAACAAUGUAUGCCAGGUCGAAACCAUUCUGUUGACUUCUAGGACCAAAUCAUCCCCAGACAAUAGACUUUUGCAUUUCCUUGCUACAUUACCUAAUGUCUUAAAUCAGCAAUUCUCAAACUUCUCUCCAGAUUCACAGACCCAGGUUGUACUCCCACGAGAGCCAGGUGGUG